CUGAGCGCCGAGGGUCGGCUUGCCGGCUCGCUCGCUUUUGCUCGCUGCCGUCGGAACGCGAUGAUCUAGUGCGCUUUUUGCUCCAAAGCAACUGCCCGACGACAACAUGGAAAGUGCCUUUUGACGCCCGCUCUUCAACGUUGGAUCCGCACACGAUUGGUGAAGAUGGAUUUGGACACGAUCCUGCCGGACGUGGGUGAAUUCGGCACGUACCAGCAGGUGAUUUUGUACCUGGUGCUGCUGCCAGGCGUGCUGCCAUGCGGCUUCCACGCGUACAACCAGAUUUUCAUGUCGGCCAGUCCGCAGCACUGGUGUCACGUGCCUGCCCUCGACGAGUCCAACCUCACCCUCGAGCAGAGCCGCAAUCUUAGCAUUCCCCUGGAGAAGGACGGCUCGUUCAGCCAGUGCCGCAUGUACACCGACCUGUCUGAGCCGCGUCAAAAUGAAACGACAACUUCUUGCCAACACGGAUGGGACUACGAUUUUUCAGAGUACAUCAAUACCAUUGUCACGGAGUGGGACAUUGUGUGCGAUAAAACGUUUUACACGACGCUCGCCCUGGUUCUGCUCGGGGCCGGAGGCCUCGUCGGCAACUAUAUUUUCGGCUACCUUCAAGAUAGUUUGGGUCGUCGGCCUUCAUUUUUCAUCUACUUGCUCAUCCAAUGCGCGUUCGGCAUCGCCACCGCGUUUGCUCAAGAUUUUACGACGUGGAUGGUGCUGCGAGUCGGAGUCGGCUUCACCGUGCCCGCCAUCCUCGGCACGCCCUACGUUUUAUCGAUUGAGCUGGUUGGGCCGGAAAAGCGCACCCUCUGCACCAUCAUGACCAACAUCGCGUACUCGCUCGGCCUCGUUUUGCUCUCGGCCGUCGUCUACCUGGUGCGCGACUGGCGCCAACUCGCGCUCGCCACUUCACUGCCUUUCCUCUCAUUUUUCUUCUACUGGUGGGUUCUCCCAGAAUCUCCAAGGUGGCUGCUUGCUCGAGGCCGGUUUGAAGAAGCAGAGCAAAUUCUCAAAACGAUGGCUCGUGUGAAUGGAAAAGUCCUUCCAGCAGAUUACUUUGUUCGGCUCAAGCGGCGGCAACAAGUGGAGCUGCACCUGUUGGAAAAGAAGCAGCAGACGAAGGAGCGGUCGUAUGGGCUGCUGGACCUGCUUAGGACUCCGAACCUGCGCCGCAAAACGCUCAUAAUCACGUUCAUCUGGUUCACCAACACGUCCGUGUACGUCGGCCUGUCGUACUACGCGCCGGUGCUUGGCGGCGACGAGUUCCUCAACUUCUUCUUGGCCGGCGUCGUCGAGCUGCCCACUUACAUCUUCCUCUGGCCUGCCAUGGACUGCUGGGGCCGCCGCUGGACCCUCUGCCUUAGCAUGGUCAUCGGCGGCUCUGCCUGCCUCGCCACUUUCCUCGUCCAAAAUGACGAUUUGAUAACCCUGUCGCUGUACUGCGUUGGAAAAAUGGGAAUAUCCUCCAGCUACGUGGUGCUGCCGCUGAUGGCGUCCGAAUUGUACCCAACCGUGGUUCGAGGUCUAGGAAUGAGUUUCAGCUCCGUCGUCGGCAUGCUCGGCCCGACCCUCAUUCCUCUCGUCAAUUACCUGGGCGAGGAAAUGUUGGUGCUGCCGUUGAUGGUGAUGGGCGCCCUUCUCGUGCUCGGCGGCGCUUUCAGCCUCAUGCUGCCGGAGACGCUGCACCAGGGCUUGCCCAACACGCUUGAGGACGGCGAGGAGUUCGGAAAUAAUUGGAAAUGGUCCGACUGCUUCACUUGCCGACCGCCGAAAAAGCAGCAGAGAGCUCGUCGUCCUGAAUAUUCAGAGUCUCCAAUCACAAGUUUGCUGGAGCACCAGGUGAGCGUGAGAAAGAAGGCGGCGUCUCCGCAGGCGGACGGCUAUCCCGGCAAAGAGGAGGUUUACAUGAUCAGCGUCGUGUGAUCGCAUGAAUAACUCUAUAAAUUAGAGGUAGACAAGGUAUGCAACCUGUUGGUCAAGCGCGACAAACAGGUUGCCUAAUUAACCAAUUCUGAUGCAUCCGUUUGGAAAUAAAAUAAAAUUUUGUAUCGUGUCCAAGAGCGAGUUUGAUUCGAAUGAGAAAGUGCGGCUGGUCCAGAGAAACAGUAUUUUUAUUUGCUAGUUGUGGGUACAAAGUGGUUUUGUCGAUGCAAAAACUGAGUUAUAAAUACCAAAAUGUCCUCUGAUGGUAAUAUAAUAAUAAACAUUAGCAUAAAUCACUCGACUACAAAAAACAGCGCUGACCAAGCAGGCGAAAAUGAUUGUACUGUAAACUAGUGCAUUCUGAUGAGACGACAACAUAAAUUAACUAAUUAAACCUCUGCAGAGUUACGUGUGUGUGUGUGUAUGUGUGUUUGUGUCUAGCUAACAUUUCUUGAUAUACUUGGAUGAACACUCAAUAUACUGCUAGCUCGUUUUGUGUUGGUACAUGCCAUAAUUGAUUAUAGUUGCGUUUACUUUACAUAUAACUCCAUAUUGAUUAGCUCCGUUUGCUUUUGUGUUUAUACAUAUUUAAGGGAAACGUAACAACUAA